AUGAAAGGAGAUGAACUAUGGUAUAGUUUGGUAAACGGCUGUCAGCUCAGCUCAGUGUGCUGGCUUCAGUUUACGGCUCAAACCAAACAUGUUGGUGCAGCCCUUCAAACAGAUGAGGGUCGGGGGCUCACACUGUGUUCCUGUGUUGCAGGCUACCUACAGGAGGCCUACCUGUGGACCAAGCAGGUGCUGUCCAUCAUGGAGAAGUCCAUGGUGCUGCUGCAGGACGUGACGGACGGCUCCCUGUAUGAGGGCGUGGCCUACGGGACCUACACCACCCGCUCCCUGUUCCAGUACAUGUUUCUGGUGCAGCGCCACUUCUCCAUCAGCCACUUCGACCACCCCUGGCUGCUGCAGCACUUCGCCUUCCUGUACCGAACCGUCCUGCCAGGAUUUCAGCGGACGGUGGCCAUUGCAGAUUCUAACUACAACUGGUUCUACGGGCCAGAGAGCCAGCUGGUCUUCUUGGACCGCUAUGUGUUGCGUAACGGCAGUGGGAACUGGCUGGCAGAUCUGAUCCAUCAGAACAGGGUGAUGGAGGGGCCGGGGCAGGCGGGGAAAGGCCAGCGAUGGUGUACCCUCCACACAGAGUUCAUCUGGUAUGAUCCAGGACUGUUUCCGAAGCCUCCAUCAGAUUUCGGAACAUCUCAACUUCACCACUUUGAGGACUGGGGGGUGGUGACGUAUGGCAGCGCUCUACCUGCAGACACCAACCGCACCUUUCUGUCCUUCAAGGCUGGGAAGCUGGGGGGGCGGGCCAUCUUCGACAUCGUUCACAAGAACAAGUACAAGGAGUGGAUCAAAGGGUGGAGGAACUUUAACGCUGGCCACGAGCACCCUGAUCAGAACACUUUCACCUUUGUGCCCAACGGGGUCCCGUUCAUCACAGAGGCUCUGUAUGGACCCAAGUACACUCUGCUGAACAACGCGCUCUUGUUCAGCUCUGCUAUCCCAGGGAGCUGCUUCAAGCCGUGGGCUGGACAGGUGACAGAGGCCUGCGACUCCAAGUGGUUGAAGUACAAGGUGGGGCUGGCGGCGGAUGCCCAGGGCAGAGUGGAGGCUGCCAUGGAGAGGCAGGGCAUGGUCUUCAUCCGAGGGGAGGGACAUUCCUCUUACAGUCCCGAGCUGAAGCUCAGGAACUUCCAGAGGAACCUGCUCCUUCUCCACCCACAGCUCCUGCUCCUGGUGGACCACAUCCACCUGGACCCGGACAGCCCCACCAGGGCGAUGAGUGCCUUCUUCCACAACACGGAGCUGCCUUUCCAGAGUACCAAGAUAGAUGGUGUUCAUGGAGCUUUCGUAUCCCACGGGGAGGAUAACUACAAGAUGUUCUGGAUGGAUGACACCGGCUACAGUAACAAAGGGGUGGUGGGUUACUGGAACUACCCUAGAGGCUACCCGUACAAUGGCUCCAACUAUGUGAACGUCACUAUGCCAUUGAGGUACCCUCACACCAGGGUUGCCUACAUUUUCUAUGGACCAGGCGUGGAUGUACAGAGCUUCAGCCUGCGUGGCGAUGACCAGAGGGUGGACAUCUACCUGGCCACCAAGGAGCACACCUACACCAUCUACCUGCUGACCGGAGAGGUCCCCAGCAAGCCCCUGUUCGCCAUGGUGCUGGUGGACCACAAGAAGAUUGUCUUCGAGAAGUCUGCGGCGGCUGAAGAGGACAGCUCCCCUGAGGAAGUGGAGGAAUACGUCAACGUGGUGGAGGACAACCUGCAGCACGUCAAGCCCGUCUUCCAGCAGAUGGAGAGACACAUCCUGGGACGGGUUCUCAACACCGCCAGCUUCAGAAAGACUGCAGAGCGCCUGCUCCAGUUCUCAGACAAGAAGAAGACGGAGGAGGUCAUAGAGACGAUGUUUGCUAUGUCCAAGAAACAGGGCAGGGGGAAAGGGGGGAGGAAAGUGAACCUUGGGGAGAAGCUGUCUGAGACUCUACCUGACAUUUUCGCACAGGUUGAGGUGAAUGAGAAGAAGGCGAGACAGAGGACUUCAAAGCGUACAUAUGAGGACAGUCAAGAGGAGGGGGAGGGCGACUCGCGGGCCUUUAUGGAUUAUACAGACGGUCGCAAAAACAGAAAGGGGGCUUUUGUCAAGGGCCGCAAAUUUAAGGAGGUUCACAUGGUGGCCACGGAGGGGAGCGAGGGUCUCUCCAGCACCGCCUCCUACAUCCGCCUCUUCCUCCUGCUAAACACGGCCACCUUCUUCCUGCUGCUGGCCGUGCUGCUGACCCGCUUCCAGAGGGGGCGCAGUCUGCACACGCAGAGAUGUUUCUACACCAUCCUUCUGAUCGACUGCUUCAUCCUACUGUACCUCUACUCCUCCUGCUCUCACUCAAAGUGUUAACACACCACAGACCAAUGACCCCAUGCGGCCCCCACACCCAGUCUGAGGCAGAUUUUAGAACACAAAAGGAUAGUUGCCAGUAUAGUGAACCCGGAAAUGUUGAGGGACCCAAAGUUUUAUGUUAGAAAUGUAUAGUAGGGGUCACAGCACAUAGAAACUGCCGGAUGCUCACCUGCAUAUGUUCCGAAUCAGAAACGGCUUAUUGCCAGGUAGGUUCACACGUACGAGAAAUGUGACUAUUUGCACCAUUAGAAUAAAUAGCAUUAAUUAGCACAUGCAGACAAAAGCAACAAUUAUUUUUUUUCUUUUAAAUGGCAGUUUUGAGUCCCCUAAAACUUUAAAAUCGGCCCAAAACUCAUCAAAAUCAGCCCACCCGGAGUACAGUUAUUGCCACUUGCUGGUUAAAACUGCAAUAUUUGAUCCUGAAAAUGUCAGAAAUGGAUUCAACAUCCUCAAUAACCUCCAAAACCACUCAAACUGUCCUAGUCUGCCACCCGUGUUUAUAACUUGUGUCUGCAUAAUAUGCUAAUGAACACAACUUGUGUAAAUGCGUGUCUGUGCUAUGAGCUGGCAAACAGACAACAAUAUGCAGACCACUUUUAUAAAAACAUAUCUGAGAUUUCAAGAAAGAUUCUGAUAAUAAAAAAAUUUCUAUUAAAAAAGUAUUUUUACAAGAAAAAAGUCCCAAUUUUUGAAAGAUAGCAUUAUAAGAUGAUCAUUGAAACCCUUAUCUCUUUGAUCAUAGUCACAGGCGGGCUGUCAGCUGCUACUCUUGGAACGAGUGAAGUAUAGCUUCUAUCUGUGAGGACAGAGACUAAACAAUGACAUCAUGUUUUAUCUCAUAUGAGACUUUCUCUGGGAUUAGGACUAUUCUCUUUAUAUUAUGCUUUUUAUUCUCAUCACAUCAUUGCUUUUAUUCUCUUCACAUUAUGAUUAUUUAAGCAAUAGCUCACGACAGGACGUGGUCUUUGCUCAUUGUAUCACAGCUAAGGGGCGUGGUUCGGCCCGACACGGUUACCAAGUGUGGCAAUAUGAAAGAAAAAUAC